AGACUGGACGUGGUGAUAAAAGUUACUAAGUACAUUGGCUAAUAAGUGGUAGUUGAAUAUCCAGCAUCUAUGAAUAUCAGUUAUUGCGUCCAUUUGAUCUACGGCAUUCUGUCCGAAACGUUCGGCGAAGUACAUCUUCGAGCUAUGUCGAGGGGGCAGUGGGGCUUGUCAAAGCUGAUUCUCCCGAUCUUCAAGAAGAGAAGAAAGAAGAGAAGACAGAAGAGAAGCCGCGGGAACAAAGACUGAAGGAGACAGAUCCCAAAAAGUAGAGCGGAGUGGUUAUUUUUGCUGCUCAGAACUUGGGGCGAUCGUUGGUAAGGAAAUGUCGGGCCCAUUGCGAAGACAGUAGCUUACACUGGCGUAUAAACGCACGGAUAACCGCGGCGAUUACAAUUUCCACAGCUCGGACGACCGCCGUCGCACUUUAACUUGCGCCCUCUACAGAAUUGACAUGCCAUUGCAGUCCGCCGUG